AUGGUGGCGCCGGCGCGGGGGCGGUUCGUGGUGGAGAAGAGCAGCGUGAGGGUGCUGGCGCCGGAGCACAUCCGGGGCCACCACGACGCCGCCAUCGGCAACUUCGGCGUGCCCGACUACGGCGGCACGCUCACGGGCGUCGUGCUCUACCCGGACAAGAAGGCCACCGGCUGCGCCGAGUUCCCGGCCAGGUUCAAGUCCAAGUCCGGCCGCCCCGUCGUCCUCCUGCUCGACCGCGGAGAGUGCUACUUCGCGCUCAAGUCGUGGAACGCGCAGCAGGCGGGCGCGGCGGCGGUGCUGAUCGCGGACACGGUGGACGAGCAGCUGCUGACCAUGGACACCCCCGAGGCGUCCCCGGACACGAGGUACCUCGACAAGCUCAACAUCCCGUCGGCGCUGGUGAACCGCGCCUUCGGGGAGUCGCUGAAGCGGAUGGCGGAGAAGGCCGACGCCGAGGGCGAGGUGGUGGUGAAGCUGGACUGGCGGGAGUCGAUGCCGCACCCGGACGAGCGCGUGGAGUACGAGCUCUGGACCAACAGCAACGACGAGUGCGGCCCCCGGUGCGACGAGCAAGCGGCCUUCGUCAGGAGCUUCCGCGGCCACGCCCAGAUCCUGGAGCGCGGCGGCUACGCGCGCUUCACCCCGCACUACAUCACCUGGUACUGCCCCGAGGCGUUCCGGCUCACGCGCCAGUGCCAGUCCCAGUGCAUCAACCACGGCAGGUACUGCGCGCCGGACCCGGAGGAGGACUUCGGGGAGGGGUACGAGGGGAAGCAGGUGGUGGUGGAGAACCUGCGGCAGCUGUGCGUGCACCGGGUGGCCAACGAGAGCGGGCGGCCGUGGGCGUGGUGGGACUUCGCCAUGGACUACAAGCUCCGGUGCUCCAUGAAGGAGAAGAAGUACAGCAAGGCGUGCGCCGAGGAGGUGGUGGCGUCGCUGGGGCUGCCGCUGGAGAAGGUGCUGGCGUGCAUGGGCGACCCCGACGCCGACGCAGACAACGCCGUGCUGUCCAAGGAGCAGGAGGACCAGAUCGGGCGCGGGUCAAGGGGGGACGUGACCAUCCUGCCCACGCUCGUCAUCAACGACGUCCAGUACAGAGGGAAGCUGGAGAGGACGGCGGUGCUCAAGGCCGUGUGCGCCGGCUUCAAGGAGGGGACCGAGCCGCAAGUCUGCCUCAGCCAUGGCAUGGAGACGAACGAGUGCCUGCACCGGAACGGCGGGUGCUGGCGGGACGAGGCGACGAACGUGACGGCGUGCAGGGACACGUACCGGGGCAGGGUUUGCGAGUGCCCGGUGGUGAACGGCGUCCGCUACGACGGCGACGGGUACACCCACUGCAAAGCUGUUGGUCCGGGCAGGUGCGCGCUGAACCACGGCGGGUGCUGGGCGGAGACCAAGGGGGAGCGCACCUUCUCCGCCCUGGACGAGUGCAAGGAUAAGCUGGCGUGCACCUGCCCGGACUGCCACUGCAACAACACCUGGGGCAGCUACGAGUGCGGCUGCAGGGGCAACCAGGUGUACAUCCGCGGGGAGGACGUCUGCGUGGCAAACAGCAUGUCCAGGUUCGGCUGGCUCGUCGCCCUCCUCGCCGUCUCCUGCGCCGCCGGCCUAGGGGUCGCCGGCUUCAUCUUCUACAAGUACAGGCUCAGGUCGUACAUGGACUCGGAGAUCAUGGCCAUCAUGUCCCAGUACAUGCCGCUCGACAGCCAGAACAACGAGCACCAGCCGCUCCGGCAGCAUGCUCCAGACGCCUAA